AUGGCGCCUCAGAUCCUCCCUUUUAGGGAUGUCAAUUUACACGCUUCGCCUUCACACUAUGCCUUCACCUCGCCUUCAUCGCCCCAGGCACCAACGCUUGUGGUAGACCGGCCGACGGGCGACCUUCGUCUAAAUGAUGGCCCUUUAUCGGGCGCGAAGCGGAUCUCAAGCAUCGCCGGAAUUUUGGGAAUUGUUAAGCUGAAGCUAGACAAGUACAUCAUCGUCAUUACCAAAGCUCAGCCGAUGGGACGACUCCGCGGCCACAUGGUCUACAAAGUUGCCUCGACCGAGUUCCUUCCGAUGCGCGAGCGCCCACUCCACGAUAAAGAUGAGGAUACCUAUUUAGCCCUGAUCAAGGACCUGCUUCGCACCGGCCCCAUGUACUUCUCCUACUCCCUGGACCUCACCAACAGUUUCCAGCGGCAAUCACAGAGUCCAUCCGAUAUUCCCAUGUGGAAACGCGCCGACAAUCGUUUCUUCUGGAACCGUUUCAUUCAGUCCGAUCUGAUCGAUUUCAGCCUGGGAGAAAAUAACGCAAAUGGCAUCCACUACGGGCCCCAGCCGGGUGCUGACCCUUACAUCCUUCCAGUGAUGUUUGGCAUGCUGCGCAUCACCCCGGCUCGAGUCAAGGGAACUUCCUUCACAUUUGCUCUCAUUACACGGCGAUCCCGACACCGCGCGGGGACGAGAUACUUCUCGCGUGGCAUUGACGAGCAAGGUCAUGUCUCAAACUUCAACGAAACUGAGCAGAUUGUGAUUUUGAAUGACUCUACCGGAGGUCUUUCUGGCUAUGCACCGGGCCAAUCAAUGACAAACGGCAAGACGGGCCAAGAUCUCCAGGUGUAUUCCUUUGUCCAGACCCGAGGCAGUGUUCCAGUCUUCUGGGCCGAAGUCAACAAUCUCAAAUACACGCCCAAGCUACAGGUUCGCGGAGUAGAGACCGCAGUCGAAGCUGCGCGCAAGCAUUUCACGGAACAGAUUCGCCUAUAUGGAGAGAAUUACCUGGUCAACCUCGUCAAUCAAAAGGGCCGAGAGGAGCGCGUGAAGAAUGCCUAUGAGCAGCUGGUUCGCAUUCUCGUCUCUUCGUCGACGGAGACAAGAGAAGUAGAUGAUAAGUCAUCGGAAAAGUUCCAUAUCGUUGAACCAGGACUGAAGCAGAAAGAAAUGGAUCGUCUGCACUAUAUUUAUUUCGACUUCCACAACGAGACCAAGGGUCUCAAGUGGCACCGGGCUGAGCUCCUGAUGAGUCGCUUGAAUGAUGGCUUAACCCAAGGUGGCUACUUCCGUGGGGUAGAGGGCCCUGGCGCAUCUGGUGGCCAGCUAGAUAUCCGGUCGACACAAACGAGCGUGGUAAGAACCAAUUGCAUGGACUGCCUCGAUCGUACCAACGUUGUCCAGAGCAUGCUCGGCCGCUGGGCGGUGACUCGACAGCUUAUGGACGCUGGUGUGCUGCGUCCUGGUGAGAAUGCCAACGAUGAUCGUGAAUUUGAGGACUUGUUCCGGAAUAUCUGGGCGGACAAUGCCGAUGUUGUUUCCAAGUCCUACUCUGGCACGGGUGCCCUAAAGACCGAUUUCACUCGGACGGGCAAGCGUACCCGGGCUGGCGCUCUUCAAGACCUGAACAACUCCAUCACCCGUUAUGUUCGCAACAACUUCAUGGACGGACCCCGACAGGAUGGAUUUGAUGUGUUUUUGGGAACCUACCUGCCCUCAGAUACAUCCUUUGCCAACAUUCAGUUGUUCAUGGAUCGACGGCCACUCGUGAUCCAAGCCAUUCCGUAUAUCUUCGCAGCCAGCUUGUUCAUGGUCUUGAUUGCCACGCUCACGAGGCGACUGCCGGACGCAGCGAUCUGGCCGCUUCGGCUUUUCAUGAUUUUCUGGAUCGUCGUCGGCGCCUACUCCUUCCGCUUUAUCCAUGGACAUGGCAUGCUCUAUGUGAACUGGCCAAAACUGAACACCCCUAUCGCUGGCGCCGAGGGGUAUCAGGAUGCUCUCAUCAAGGCUCGCACCGACCCUAUCAUUGGCCAAUGGCUUCCCUCAAGACGACACCAACGUGGCGUCAGCAAUGCCCGUCUUGUCUUCCUCGAGGAGGGCAAGACCAGGAUUGAGUAA